UAGUGAUGGCAGAUGAAAAUCUUUCCUUAUUUCUUGCUGGAAAAUAAAUUUGCCAAGACUGUGGUUGAAAAGUAUAUUUAAUACCGUUCAGGUUAAAAGAUGACUAUUCUUCUACCCCUUAAUCCUGUUCAGGGACAUGAGAGACUAAUGCUAAUAAUCUACUCUUACCUAUGGUUAAUUUAUUCAAGUCCAAUAGAGUGAACAGGUUUAUUGCUACCGUAGGUGAAGUAGUGUCAUCUAGCACAAAUAAUGAAAGUGGAAUGUUGAUGUUUAGUGUCAAAUUAAACCACAAUCAGAAAGAUAUCAUGUAUCGAACCAACAAACUUAUAUUUCUCUUAGGGGGUAGUUUGUCUCCCAAAAAGAAAUAAAACAAAAAAACUGUGAAGAAUGUAAACAGAGUAUGACUGAUGAUAUCAUGGAGUGACAUCACUACUUUAAACUAGCCUUUGAUGAUUUAUCCUCAAAAGGCACUAGCUAAACACAGCUCUCUACAUACAUCCCCAUUGUCAAGAGUUUUAUCCCAGUUUGCGUUCCUGUUGGCCAAAUGCACGGAUCAACAUGUCUAAUGCACUUCACUGUACAUGCCUGACUCAUUUGCCGCAUUAUCUGGCAAAAAGGUAUGGAGUUUCCAUUUGAUAUUAAUCGCUUAUUCUCUCAGAGGAUAUCCAUCUUGGACCACACUUUAUUUGCAGGGUAUUCCAAGUCAGUAAAAAUGACCGGUUCUAUGAAUAACUUGGGCACGGUCGUCAAUGAACUUGGAAGAGCUUCAGCAGUGGCCCAAAAUCUCAGAGAGCCUAUAACAAGUGCUGCCAAAAUGCAGUCUCAAAAGCAUCAGAUCUAUCUUUUGACAGAAAGACAGAAAAAUGAAGGACGUGGGGCGGUUGUAGGGUUUCUGAAAGUUGGCUACAAAAAGUUGUUUUUGCAUGACACACGAGGUGCUUACGUAGAAGCAAAGCCCCUGUGUGUUUUGGAUUUCUAUAUAGUUGAAAAGUUACAGCGACGUGGCUAUGGAUUAGAGCUGUUUGAGUUCAUGCUGCAGCAUAAGAAUUUAGAGCCCGUACUCAUAGCUUACGAUGGGCCCACUCCCAAAUUCUUGUCUUUCCUGGCAAAGCACUACUGCCUGACAAACAUUGUGUCACAGUUCAAUAACUUUGUGGUAUUUGAUGGUUUCUUCCUCAAGAGAUCACUUGGCCAGUUUAAAAAGGUUUCUCUUAAAAGGUCAGAUGGUGAUAUCAAAUCCUUCUCUUUACCAGAGCGGAGAAUAGUACACGGAGAACAGCCAUUUUUCUCCCCUCAGUCGAGUCAGCAAAGUGCAUCAUCCCAGUGGACCAACGGCCAGGGUGUGGGAUCCUUACUAAACAGAGUGUAUCUAAAUCAAAUUUCUUCCAUAUUUGGUAAUGGCAACAAGAGCCCGCAACCCUCUUUCAUCCAGAACUGCAGAGGAAAGAUUGACUUUGCUUUUGAUAUUAAUCAGUUAUUCCCUGAUAGGAUCUCCAUUUUGGACCAGAUGGUUUUUUCAUCAGCAAAAAGCUCAGAUCAGCUGGUCCACUUAUCCACGGUCAUUGAUGAACUUGGAAGAGCCUCAGCAGCUGCCCAACAGCUUAAGUCCCCAGUAACAAGUGCUACUAAACUAAAGUCUCAGAAGCAUCACAUCUACCUUUUAAAGGACAGUCAGCUCAAAAGUGGAGGAUGUGGUGUGGUUUUAGGUUUUCUCAAGGUUGGCUACAAGAAGCUAUUUCUACAUGACAAACAUGGUGUUUACGUAGAGGCAGAGCCUCUGUGUAUAUUAGAUUUCUAUAUCGUAGAGAAGUUUCAACGUCAAGGCUAUGGAUUAGAGCUUUUUAAUUACAUGUUGCAACACAAGAAUUUAGAGCCAACGCAGUUAGCAUUUGAUGGUCCCACACCCCCCUUUCUGGCCUUCCUAGCAAAGUACUACUGCUUAACAGAAAGGGUUCCACAAGCAAAUAAUUUUUUGGUGUUUAGGGAGUUUUUCCACAAGAGAACAGGAACCCCACAGAGAAAAGCUGCAGUAAAAAAGCCAGAGGGAGAGAUAAAACACUGCUCAAUAACAAAAAAGAAUGUGGUACCGAUAGAGCAGCCAACUCAAAUCCGAACAUCUCCCCCGUCUACACCUACACCAUUUUCUGCCAGAAAGGGCAGAAAUAAUGCGAGGCAACCUUCUCCUCUCACCAAAAACACAACAGAAGAGACCAAAGGUAUUAUGGAUGGUUCUGUUGAUUAUAAUCAGUUAUUCCCUGAAAGGAUUACUGUUGUGGAUCAUACACUUUUUGCAGAAAUAUCUUCACAAAAGCCAGGUCUUUUGGCCCACAUAGGCACCAUCAUUGAUGAACUUGGGAAAGCCUCAGCAGAGGCCCGAAAACUUAGAGUCCCUUUAACAAGUACAUCCAAGCUGAAAUCACAAAAGUAUCAGAUAUACCUUUUAAAGGAAGGAGAGAACUGUGGAAGUCAUGGUUCAGUUUUGGGAAUGUUAAAGGUUGGCAACAAAAAGCUAUUUCUGCGUGACAAGCAGGGUGUGUACAUAGAGGCAGAACCACUAUGUGUUUUUGAUUUCUUCAUAGUUGAGAAGUUUCAGAGAUGUGGCUAUGGAUUAGAGCUGUUUGAUUACAUGUUGCAGCACAAGAAUUCAGAGCCAGUGGAGAUUGUUUAUGACAGACCAACACCUAAACUCCUGUCAUUUUUGGCAAAGCAUUAUUGCUUGACACAACCAGUUCCCCAGACUAAUAAUGUAGUAGUUUUUGAAGGUUUCUUCAACACACAGUGUCCAGCGUGUCACAUGUUGGUCAACCAGAGACAUCUUAGGUCUCAGGCCACCAAGGCUAAUCGUCCAUUGGGGAAAAGAAAUGUGUCACUUGCUAAGUAAUUUGGAGACACCUUAACAAUAUCACAAGGAACUCCAAAGAGUACAGCAGAGCCCUAAUAUACCAAUAGAGACAGAAUGGCAGUUGUUCUGUUUAGAAAAGAAAACAAGCAUUCCUUUCCACAGGAACAAUAUGUUUGCUGGUCUUCUUGUGCGGAGAUGAAAAGGAAGAACUCAAGAAACUGAGGUAAGGAAAAGGAACAAGUGAAAAAGGUGGAGACAGAAGAGUACCAGGGGCAGACGUUAAAAGUGCUGUUCUAUUAUUUCCAGUUUUUGCUCCGCUUUGUAUUUUUCCUUUCACAUAAAUGGCUUUUGCUGUUAUAUAUAUAAAAAUGCUUUCUUAUCACUGUAGUAGUUGAGUAGAUGAUCAGCAGAUAAUACAGGUCUUACAUCAGGGGCCUUUCUUGCACUAAAAAGCACAAAAGUGGGGGUCAUGUGGUAUUUAUACAGGACACAGAUCAAGCUUUUUAUGAAAGACAAUUACAAAAUGCAUUUGGUAUUAUCACCUGUAGGUGGUGCUGACACCAACAACAGCACCUUUACUACACACACAAUUCACAUUUAUUCAGCACACUGUAAAAACCAAGGAAAAUAUGAGUAUGCAUUUUAACAUGACAUAGAAUCAGAAAUUCAGUGUCAACUGCACAACAUUUGUCCUUUUCCAUGAUCCUGUAAGGCAGAGUCUUUCUCAACCCUGGGUUCGCCUGAAGCAACCAGUAAUUGAUUAAAAAGAUUAUUGUUCAAAAUAUUUUUUCAAGUAAUUAUUAUUUUUAAAUUCUAUUAUGAUUAAAGGCACAACACACAAUCCUGAACAACUGCAUUCUUUCACUUUCAUGAAUAUAAAUAUAAUCCAGUCCAAAUAAAGUACAGCAUGUAAAGAGAUCUGAGCUGGAGCAGCUUGAUUGACAGGCGUGAUCACGUGACUGCACAAGUGACAGCUACUACAAUGUCUCUGGGGUCGCAAGAAAUUCAUGAAGUCAAAUUGGGGUCCCAACCUUUUUGGGUCACAAGGCAGAAAAGGUUGGGAACCACCGCGGUUAAAAGUUUGUAUGUUCUCCCUGGAUUUUUCUAGUACCUCUGGUUUUCUCCAACAGACGGUGCUGAGUUUAGAGGGGUUUACAUGUUGUACAUUUCAGGACAAAUAGUUAUUAAAAAAAAAAAACUUUUCUCAUCUUCCCUUUAAUUUUCUGAGGCCUAGCGCCCCCUGGCGGUCCCCACCUUGAACACCACUGCCUUAGACUCUUAGACUAUUAUUGAAUAGGUGGAGAAACACUGUGCAUUUUUAUAGUUCUUACUGUCCUCCCAGCUCACCUUAGAGUGUGUCAUUUGUUUUCAACACCAUAUGAACGCUACAGAUUUCCAAAUAUAUGGCUCUCCAUUAUAGCAAGUAUUGAGAAACCAUAAUGUUUUCUUUAGAAUUAUAUACUGGUGCUUUAUCAAACUGUGGUCAAAGUUGCGUUACAAAGUGCAAUUUAGUGGGACAGCCCUGACCGAGCUUAGCUGUGCAUGGAGCAUGGAGGAAAACAGAGAAAAAGUUCACUGCACCGACAUGUGGCCCCCUGAGUGACCGUGUCACAUUUUAUUUUGUGUAAUUUUUCUUCAGGGUUAGCCAGGUUUUGGGGAUAUGCCACAUUGGUGACUGGCUAGACUUUAAAAGUAUUGUCAGGAGAAUAGUUUUGCAUAUAUUACAGGGUUAAGUGCAAACCAAUCUGCUUUAUCCAAACACAGCAAUCCAAACAGAGCACUGGGUCUGGGAGACUGAUGAGUAACACACUCAGCCAGGGGCCCCACUCGCCCCCAGGAUCCCCCCUUCCUUCUCCAUUCUCCAAUCACACACUGAUUGGCUCUGAUUGGUUGUAAAAAAUACAAUGCUGACUUUUUGAUUAUAUUAUGUAUCAUCACACAUGGACCGCUGCCCUGUGCUGCAGAUACCAGAGCAUUAGUGGCCCAAAAAAAUGUCAGAUCUCAAGAUUACUGCAAGGACACGCUGAGGGAAUACAUCAAGUGUGGCUGUAAUUGUAAUGACUCUAAAAAAAUAGAGAAAAUUCUGUGGGAUGGACCCCAGUGUUUAUGACAUAGGCUUAUGCUCACAUGGGAGGCCCGUGCUGCUGCUGCUGGCUGCUGUAACUACCUCCGCCCUCACAGGUUACUGCGGGUUCACCAGAAUCACAUUUCUAGAACUGCGUUGUGGUUACGACGGCAGAUGAGGUAUUCUAAAAGCAGAAUCUGAAAAAAAAAAAUGUCCAGGCAUUUGAAAAGGAGCACUUCAGUUAACAAAAAAGGAAAAAAUAUAUUGAUACAAAAAAAGUUAAAAGAAGAUAAGGUGGGCACAAUAAAGAGAGGGAUUUCAAUUGCUGAGCUCUUUUAUAAAAGGCACUCUUAAGACUUUCCUCUUCAGCAGAACAUUUUCCUAAAUUCUUGCAGAAUUUGUAAUAUUUACUUUUCUUCAACAAAAAAAAAAACAGUCGGUUUGUGGUAAUCUUACUGUAAGUACUUUAAGGUGUGUGUGAGUGG